UUAUAAUUAUAUUGUCGAAUAAAUUAAAUAUUAUAUAAUGUGCAUCAAAUAUGUUGAUUGUAUGGGAUUAAGAACGAUUAAAAAUUCACAUAGUUGUUGGGCAAAGACAAACGAACACAGCUGGUGAUAUCUUUGAAGCAACUGAAAGAAAAUCAUGUGUCUUAGUCAUGUUCUUUCGACUUGUUUAUCUGUCCUAUCUUAUCCUCACUUAAACUCUAUAAUACAUGAUACCAUCAACUAUAGAUUUUCAGUAUCUGCUGAUAGUAUCGGAAUAACGCAGCCUUUAUCGUCCGAUCUGUACACAAGGAUGCCCUACAACUGAAUAUCUGUUAUUUAGUUUAUUCAACGGUAUAUUAUUAAGCGAAAAACUAAAGAUUAAAUAUUAUAAUUGUUGGCUAAUCAAAUUAUACUUAUCAAAAAUUAUAAUUACAUGUAUGAGUAAAAACGAAAACAUUUUGAGCAAUUUUUACUUUUUACGUAAACUAGAAAAAUUUAAUGACACAUAUUUCCGAUAUACUUAUUAUUUAAACUGUUUUCUUCCGUAACUUCUCUUCUCCGUUUUAUAUUAAAAAAAUAUAAAAACAAUAGUAUUUUCAAUCGUUAAAAAUUAAAUCGCUCCGGAAUUGAUUUUCGACCGAUUAAGUUUAAAUUCCCCAUUCACUAACUCCACCUGGAUUGUACGAAGGAACUAAAAUAAAAUAGACAUGUCUCCCACGUGUUUUCUAGUUGAAUCAGAAAGUCAAAGUUUGUUUAAGGCAGUUUAAUAUUCCAUGUCUUCUGAUUGAUUUCGUCUAUCCAACAAACAAGGUAAAUUAAUUUUUGACGCUUCUGAAAAUGACGCCAGAUUCGUGGGUGAAAGCGAUUGAGAACGCCCAGAAAACUGCCAGUAUUGAAGAAAAUGGGAAAGAAAUGGUUGAAGAGUAUUCUACAGAAACGAAUGUGGUUUUACGAAGAGCAUGGAAAGAGAAAAAUAAGUUUGGCAAAAAUAUAGGUUGGGUUAUUGAAGUUGGAGUAAACGGAUAUAAACCAAAUAAUAUUGAACUAUAUGGAAUACAAGAAAGUUCAAACAUGCCAUAUGUUACAAGAAGAAUUACAAAACUAUCAUUGGAAUGGAAUAUUAAUAACUUGCCAUACCCUCAAAAUGUAUAUUCUGUCACCGCAGGACAAGAUGGCAGUAUAACUGUACGUACAAGUAAUAAAAAGUAUUUUAAAAAAAUACAGGUUCCAGAUCUUGAACGGAUCGGGUUAAAGCCAGAGCAAGAACGAAUAUCAUUUCAGCAUCGAUUCAACACAUUAAUUAUAACCUAUAAAAAACCACCUGAACUUAUUGACGUGGAGAAGAAAAUACUAAAUAUGGUUCUACAGCUGGAAACAGAUAAUUCGCAAUGUCCAGUUAGUUAAUAUAACUGAAUUUAAGUAUUGUUUGUACUUUAUUUAAGAUAUUUACAAUUAAAAGUUAGUUAUAUAUUGAUUUUUACUUUCUUAACUUA